GACGAGGUGAACGGGGGCGGGGUGGGUGCCCCCUACAGUUUCUCCAGCGCACGGAUUUCUUCGCCAGGGAGGAGACCCGCCUUGCAGGUUUCCCUCCCGGGCAGGUAAAACCCCGCCCCAGCAGCGCGCGAGGCGAGCGCCUUCGACGGCCCUCCGCCUCGCCCCUUCCCUGUCAGCGGAGGGCUUGCCGUCCCGCGCUGUGGCGCUGCUCUCGGAACUGAGGAGAGGCGUCGAAAGCGAGCGGAAGCAGCGCUGAGGGCACUGAAACUCUCUUCAAAAGCCACUGAGGAGUCAAAAGAUUGCAUGGCAAGAAUUUUAGGACUUGUUUGGUAUUGCUUUGAAAACAGUGAUUGUUAAGUUCUGGGUGAAGAAUGGAGGGGGCGGUGCUCAUCUCCGUUUCAAAGCCGAAGAGCCAGCGCUGUCCAAAGACGUCUCCGUGGUUAUGUGGCUGGCAUGACUAAACGCCAAAGGCACACAGAACACUGUUACCUUCCCACCAAAGGUAUGAGAGCAUUAAGCUCUGAGGUACAUUGACGGUAUGCCAUUAUUCUGUCACUUGCUGGCCGUAGCUUUUGUUCAGAUCCUCCUAGUUUCAGGCAACUGGAUUUUAGCCAAGAACAUCAACUUCUAUAACGUGAGACUUCCAAUAGACCCUACUCCAUUUCCAAGCAGCUUCAAGUGCUUUACAUGUGACAAUGUUAUUGACAAUUUCAACUGUAACAGAUGGGCUGAAGAUAAGUGGUGUCCUCAGAACACUCAGUACUGUUUAACGGUCCAUCACUUUACUAGUCAUGGAAGGAGCCUCUCUGUCACCAAGAAAUGUGCUACCAGGGAAGAAUGCCAUUUUGUUGGCUGCCAUCAUCACAGAGAAACUAGUCAUACAGAAUGCAUUUCCUGCUGUGAAGGGAUGAUCUGCAAUGUAGAUGUACCUACAAAUCACACAAAUGCUGUUUUUGCGGUACUGCAUGCCCGGAGGUCAUCAGGAGGUAGCAGACAAACUAUUAGCAUCUCCUUGCUGGUCAUACUCAUCAUAGUUUUCAGGUUAUGACAUGACUCUCUUCAGGCAAAAGGAAUUUGUUGUCUGGAGUUACAUGAAGACAAUCUAUGUUGAAGAAGGAGUUCUAAGAGAACUGUUGUAUGGAUAAAAGCACUGCUGGGUAUUUGAAGGCUGCUGGUCAUAACAUGGUAAUGAAGACACUCUCAGAUAUUGGUGCCAAGAAAAUCAAGCACAAUGGCCAAAUAUUAUGUCAACUUGACUAGUUACCAGAAACAUCAGAAUUCUUUGUGUGGAACAUAGAACAAUUUGUGCUUUGGCACAUUAUUGUAGCAAGUUACUACUGUACAACUUUGAAGUAUUAAAAUUGUUCCUCACCUGAAAUAAUAUGUUUACGGAAGUGAUGAUACAAUAUUCUUUUAUAUCAAAAUUCUUCCUAAUUUUGAGGGAUCCCUAUCUACCUGCAAUCCUGACCCAUAUCUGAUGCUGUUCCAACUUUUUGCUGUCCCUACUGUGGGGUCCUUUAUUCUGAAUGCUACAGUAGCCACUGUAGUAGCAUCAUCGGAUUGAGGGGGAAAGAGAUGGAAAUGGUAAGAUUUGAUAGUCCAUUUUGGGAAUGGAGACAUCAGCAUGUGUCUGACUAUGCAAGUUUGACUUGAUGCAAUAAGUAAAUAGUUAUUAUUAGGAGUUCUUCAAACAGGUUGCACAGUUAGCUCCACACCUCAAAUAUCUAUAUAACAAGACUGUGCCUUUUCUCCUCUUUUCCUUGCUGACCAUGAUUUCCAAACACUAUCACUAUGGUAGGAUUACCUCUUUCUGGUGAGUUGCACAUGCUGGAGGACUGGGGAAUUAUCCAAAACAUCAGUGGUGGGAUUCAAAUAAUUUAACAACCAGUUCUCUGCCCUAAUGAUUUCUUUCAACAACCAGUUUGCCAAACUGCUCAGAAAGUUAACAACUGGUUCUCCUGAAGUGGUGCGAACUGACUGAAUUCUACCACUGCAAAACAUCUAGGGAAAUAGAGAGUUCAGAACAACUGGUUGGUUUGCUCCCCACUGAGAAAUAUGAACAGAAAAGAGUUAUCAUAGUUAAACAUAGAAUAAUUGGCUUUCAACUCUGCUUGAAGUGCACAACAUUCAAAAACUAGUUUCCUAAGUGAUCCAAGACAAGUUAAUAUGAAUCACCCUUGAGAUGUAGCUCAGUCUGUGAGGGAAACAAUAUGUGUGAAAAAGAUUUCAAAGGUCAUGGAAUUUAACACUCUAUUCUGUUAAGACUUGAAACUGUACAAAAAACAAUUGAGAUUUGUACUGCAGUGUGUUGAAUCAAUUUUAAAUAACAAACUGAAGUUCAUGAAAUUUCAUGAAUUCAUGGAAACAGAAUAUGGGCAAAUAAAUAAGAAUUGGUACAAAUAAUAACAAAUAAAGAAGGCUGGAAUAACUGUUUAACUGUUUACUGUAAGCCUUUUAGAUGAUAAGCUGUGUGCCCAUGUGUUUAUAAAUAUUCUUGUUCUUUUUCUCUGUCUUCAGGAAAUCAAGUUUACAAAUGUGUUUUAUGCAUAGUAAAUACCACAUUAAACUAGUAACUUUUCAUUGGAAA